UAGGCCUACACAUUUGACAUCCUGCCAAUCCAAACUGUAUAUUUUUGUAUAUAUGGUAUCAUUUAUUGCCGUCAAUUCUAACAAGUAAAUGUUUUAAAAGCUAACAAAAUGCAAGUCUGUUUAUCAAGUGGCUAUACCUGAAUUACUAGGCGACCUCUGGUGGCUGUUGUGAGCAUAUGGCAAUGUCUCAGCCUGUGUGGUUGAUAUGUAAUGAUGUUGCCUCCUGGUUGUCACAUGCUUUCAAAAAGGAGGGGAUGUGAGUAGGCUACAUGGUUUGGGAGCUGUGAUUUGGUACCUGGAGUGAGAAGGGCAGCUAAAACGGAUAAAUAUAUCAACAGCGAAAAUGUAUUUAGACCAGCUACAGCAAUCAACAAAACACCCCGUAAAAUGAACCAAAGAGAAAAACAAUGUUAUAUAAUGGUGCUAGAAUAGUUAGGCCUACUUACACGCGAAUUUCGAAUGUGAAGGUUUGGCUAUGACGUCUCACAUUCUUUUGGGAAAUAGUCUACUGGGAGGAAGUAGCCGAUAGCCGGUUUUAAGUUCUCUCUAGUUCGCCACAACCAGUCAGGUUAGCAGACAUAAUUAGAAGAGUCAUAAAAGUAACCAAAGCUAUCACUAUCUUGCCGUUCUUACGGUUAUAUUUGUUAAUGAGUAGGUGCCUACGUUAGGUAAAGUCAAAGAAAGUUUUGUUUGGCCAAGACAUGCUCUGAAACUUAAUUUGACUUUGGGAAUGACUCUCGAAAGGCUUAAACAUUCUGCCAUCCUAUCAACUUUGUUUAAAAUGACUGACGAUGUCGACGUAAUGGGAGCGUCCGAGUUUAUUAAAGAACGACUGUAUUUUGCUACACUGAGAAGCAAGCCCAAAAGCACAACAAACACGCACUAUUUUUGCACGGAUGACGAAUUCAUUUAUGAAAAUUUUUAUGCUGAUUUUGGACCCCUCAAUCUUGCCAUGCUGUACCAGUACUGUUGUAAACUCAACAAAAAACUAAAGUCUUUUACAUUGACCAGAAAGAGGAUUGUCCACUACACCAGCUUUGACCAGAGGAAAAGAGCUAAUGCUGCUGUCCUUAUUGGUGCCUACUCUCAGGUAAUCUACCUAAAGAAGACACCAGAGGAGGCAUACAAGGCUCUGAUUUCUGGCUCCAACGCAUCAUAUCUGCCCUUCAGGGAUGCUUCCUUUGGAACUUGCACAUACAAUCUAACCAUUCUUGAUUGCCUUCAAGGAAUCCGGAAGGCCCUUCAGCAUGGUUUUUUCACCUUUGAGACCUUUGAUGUGGAUGAAUAUGAGCACUAUGAGCGAGUUGAGAAUGGUGACUUCAACUGGAUAGUACCAGGAAAGUUGCUGGCCUUCAGCGGACCCCACCCCAAAAGUAAAGUGCAAAAUGGUUACCCACUGCAUGCUCCUGAGGCCUACUUCCCCUACUUCAGGAAACACAACGUGACUACGGUGGUGCGGCUUAACAAGAAGAUCUAUGACUCAAAGCGAUUCACAGAUGCUGGUUUUGACCACUAUGAACUAUUCUUUGUGGAUGGUAGCACUCCCAGCGACAUCCUCACUCAACGUUUUCUGCAAAUCUGUGACAGCACUGAUGGUGCUCUGGCUGUCCAUUGCAAGGCGGGCCUUGGACGAACAGGAACUCUGAUUGGCUGUUACCUGAUGAAGCACUAUCGUUUCAUGGCUGCGGAGGCCAUUGGCUGGAUCAGAAUCUGCCGUCCAGGCUCCGUUAUUGGGCCACAGCAGCACUUUCUAGAAGAAAAGCAAGCUGCUAUGUGGAUGCAGGGGGAUGCUCGACGGUCGCAACAGAAACAUGGGUUACUGGAGAAGGGAGUGUCUCACCUGAUUUCCAGUAUGGAUGAUUUAACUCUCAGCCCACCAAACACCAGCAUCUGCAAGUCCCCAAGCACUGACCACCUUCCAGAGAAUGACUAUGGCGAGAAUGGGUUAUGCAUGACCCAAGGAGAUAAAUUGCGUGUGUUAAAGGGUCGACGGCAACCACGGUCUCCUACUACAAGAGCCAUAAGGACAAAUCUCGGAACAAACACCCAGGGACCUAUAUCUACCGUGAAGGUCUCCAAAGUACCACCCUCUGCUUCUGCCAAAAGAAUCAGCUGUAAUUCUUCAUCGUCAUCUUUUAACCUAAAGGGUUCUUCUAUCAACUCCAGGCUUGCCAGUUCCCUAGGCAACUUGUAUGCAGUGGAAUGUAACGACAGUAGGAUGCCAUUCUCCCCUCCUUCUACCUUCUCCACAAUUUCCCCAUCAGCCAGGACCACAUUUGGGCAUGGAAAAUAUGUUAAUCCCCACCAUGAGGUUAACAACAACAAUCAGUACAAUAACUCACCAACAUCUGCUGCUGGCAUUGCAUGCCUCAGCAAAAGCGCUGCCUAUGCCCAUGGUAGCUCAGCACCCCACCACCCCAGAAGGUCGACAUCUCAGGAGUUGGGACACUACCAAACCCAGGAUGGAUACUUGGGGUUCAGUGGACCCUCCACUCGCCAUCUUUGCCGCUCCAUUCCAUUCCUUCAAUCUGAAUAUGUUCAGUACUGAAGUCUCAGUGCAACUUGGAUAGGCUUGGACAGAGAUUGCACCCCAAUACAUCGAUCUUUGCUCAGACUUCUGUUAACUUCUCAUCAAGACAGUACUUUCUCUAAUAUCCAUCAACGUUGUCAUCUGACUUUCAUUGUGUCAUCUUUGUGAUAGACCUGCUUGUGCUUUGUGUACUCAACUACUCUCUAAGCAUCGGGAAGAGAUACAAACCCUUUUGAUCGUAUUGGCCUACAAUGUCAAUGUCUUUGAUAACUCCUUGAAGGGAAUUCCAUUGUUGUUUUGAAGUUUAAGGUUUAGGUUAAUUUUUUAGGUUUAGGUUUUAGGUUAAUUUCUCACACAGGUUCUCAUUUAUUUUACAUGUAUCUUCUCCCUGAAUGUUGAAUGAAGUCAAUGCACGUUAUCCAUAAUUUAAAUGACGAUUAUGAAUAAGUAUUUAUUAUGAUUGUUAUUAUUCAUUGUAGUGGCAGAAUUGAGCAGAAACAUGUCAAAUAAUUUGACAUGAUGUAUUGAAUAAAAAACUAAAUAUAGCACACAGAUGAGUUCCCCUAAUGGUUUCAUUGUUUAGAUACACUUUAAACACUCUGUAAGCAGUUUGGCUUAUAUGUUAUAACCUCCAUACAUCAUUUUAUAUUCUGUAUUUAUGUGCCUUAUGUACAUAAUUUUACAUGAAGCAAAUAUUUUUACAUAAAAUAUAUUUUAAAACUACUUUAUCUUAAUUUGAAAAGGGACCUUUGAAGUGUUUGGAUACGAAACCAGUGUGUUAAUAUUCAUUGUUUUUGAUUGUACAUUAUUUUUGUUCUGGUUGAACUACACAUCACGUAUGUUGAUCAAAGUUUUGACUGUCAGCAAGAUGGUGUUGGGCUUUAAUGAUCUGACCUAGAUAGGAAGCACAAGUCAUAGCAUGGGUGUGUGUAUAAAGACACAAAAUAAAUUAAGAAUGAAUACCUUUCUUGUGUGGGGACCAAUGUUUGCGUAUGCAAGUGUCUAUAAAGGGAUAUGUAUGGAUUGUAAAGCAUUGUAUACAUCAUAAAUGCCAGUGGAACAUUGUAGGUCCACAAUGAUUUAUUUUGUCUGCCUAAGUUAAAACAAAUGUACAGUAAUGGCCUUUUCUGUGCAACGCGCUACAUUGAAAUGUUGUUCUUUUUGACAAUACAAAAAUCUCAAAAUAUUGUAAAGUGGAAAAUAUGGUAUGGGACAUAAAAAUCUUGCUUGCAAAAGUACUCAAUGUCAACACAAUAUGUGAUAGAGCAACCUUUCAGGAUAAGGAUGUACCAGUUUCGCAGUGUCAGAGAUUUUUGUCUUUGCAGAUAUUCUCCAGGUUGUUUAGGUUGGUUGAACAAUGCUGGAGGACCACCAUUUUCAAAUUAUAACGCACAUUUAAUGGGAUAACUACCAGAACUUCUACUAACUGUAGGACAUUCACCCUUUCUGAGCUAAAUAUAUGACUGUUUUGUUGAUCUGGAGAGAAGACUGUCAAACAGUAUUAACAAUAAGACCACUGGACCGGUCUCCCAGACAGUUUUGUGUUUUCAAAAGCAAAUAACUCUGUUUGAAUAAAUGCUACAUGUCUAUCAGUC